GUGCUAUUCACUCUCGCAGUUGUAGAUUCUGGUGAAAGAUGGCAUUUGUACGAUACUGCAUAAAGGUCUGAAUGUUUGUAGUACUGCACGGACGAUCAGUUCACAUUACCUGUAGGAAGACAUGCUGAGAGUGCUUCGAAACAUGGAGUACCUGUCUACAUGUACAUGCUUGGCUAUAGAUACGUACCACAUUUUAUACCAGGUAUUGAAGGAGCUGCUCACGGUGAAGACCUGUUCCUCUACUGGGACACCUUUAUAACUAAAGUGAGCAAACUGAUUUUCAACGGAUAUAGACCUGUGUCGAAAAAGAUGGUGAGGGUGUUGAGUAACUUUGUGAAAUACAAGAAACCACUUGUGGGACAUGACAAGCUCUUCGAAAAUUUAAAGUGGCCAAAAUUCGAGAGCAAACGUUUGCAGUAUAUGUGGAUAGACGAGGAGUCAGCGGUACUUUCUGACCCAAGGAAUUACUCUACGAAAAGGGUAGUAUGGGACAAACAUGCAAGAGAGCCAUUAUCUAUCUAUUGAAGACUGAAUGAAACGUAAAAUAAAAGCAAUUCAAAUUAUCAUUGUUGGAUCUUGGAAUAUUGUUUUCUUUCUAUUAGUAAAAAAUGGUGUCAAGUAGAUUGACUCUAUACUUUCCACAACUUCUAGUACAGUUUUUCAUGUUGUGCAAUGCCAUGAAAAAGACGCAUAUUUUGUCAGAAGAAGUAACGC